AUGACUUCUGCGGGCAACCCAAAAGAUUCUAUGAAAUCCACAUGGCGUACUGGCAACCGGGACGAAUGGGGCCUCAGCCACUGGCUGCUGGAGCUGCUCAAUGUUCAUCCCAUUGCACUUGAUCAAGAAGUGCCGGUCCAUUCCAAGCAGGAGAAGCUACCUUAUAUGCCCCAGUGGUCUCUUAACCUCUGGGUUAUCUUUUACGCCGCUGUUCCGCUCGCCAUCAAUCAGGCCUACAUUUCAUAUACGGGCCACAACCUCGGCCCAUUUGCUCUGUUCAAUCUAUACUUCUUCUCGUUCAACGCGACAGUCAUUCACCAAGUUAAAAUGCUUCGUCGUCUCGGACAUACCUAUGGCUUCCUUGACGGUGACCAGCAUGAACGCGACGGUAUUCCCGAUGUUGGGGUGCGGAAAGUUACCGCCUCGCUCUACAAGACGACCGGCUCACGCUUGGUUAUGGCGAUCUAUCUAUCCUACUAUAACCAAGCACCCAUGGCCAUGGACUGGACAUGGCUCCCACUGAUGAUCGGUCUCUAUGGCAUUGUGCUUGACUUCUGGUUCUACUGGUACCACCGCAUUAUGCACGACGUUAGCUUCCUCUGGAAGUACCAUCGCACUCACCACCUCACGAAACACCCCAACCCCCUCCUCGCCGCUUAUGCAGACCACGAGCAAGAGUUCUUCGACAUGGUCGGUGUGCCGUUCAUGACCUACAUGAGCCUUAAAUUCAUGGGUCUUCCUAUGGGCUUUUAUGAGUGGUGGAUCUGCCAUCAAUACGUCGCAUUUGCGGAGGUCUUUGGACACAGCGGUCUUCGUGUCCACAUGACAGUGCCAUCGACACUGAGCUGGUUACUGCAGUGGAUGAAUGCCGAGAUUGUCAUUGAGGAUCAUGACCUCCACCACCGCAAAGGAUGGAGGAAGAGUCAUAAUUAUGGCAAGCAGACUCGCCUGUGGGACCAGAUCUUUGGCACGUGCCAUGAGCGUAUCGAGUCUGCCGAGAGCAACGUUGACUAUACGAAGUCUGUCUAUAUGCCUUUGUUCUAG